AUGGCGCCGAUUAGCUUCAAGCCCAAGCUCGAGAACCCGCAGCCGCCGAACAAGUACACGAUCAUCUCGUAUCCUGCCAAAGGAGUCUUGCUCGUGACUUUGAACCGACCGAAAGAUCUGAACUGCAUCAAUGGCGAAUUCGGACAAGAGCUGGAGAGGAUAUGGAACUGGUUGGAUCAAGAGCCGGCCUUGACAGUGGGGAUCAUAACUGGGACGGGAAGAGCUUUCUGUGCUGGGGCGGAUUUGAAAGUCAACGAGAGCGGUGCGUCCAAAGUCAUGUCGAACGCUGGCUUCGGUGCCCUCUCGCGACGCAGCGGCCGCAAACCAGUCAUUGCCGCCGUCAACGGCAUCUGCUUUGGUGGUGGCUGUGAGAUGAUCAUCAACUGCGAUCUGGUUGUUGCCGCAAAACGAGCAACCUUCGCCCUGCCAGAAGUCAAAGUCGGCGUCGUUGCCGCUGCAGGCGCCCUUCCACGUAUAAUCCGCACAGUAGGACGCCCAAGAGCCAUGGAAAUGGCAUUGACUGGUCGGCCAGUCUUAGCAGACGAGGCAAUGGACUGGGGCUUAAUCAACAAAGUCGUUGGGGACGAGGACGGAGAGGUGGUGGAAGCUGCCGUUGAGUACGCAAAGAUGAUCGCAGCGAACAGUCCAGACGCUGUGAUCGUGAGUAGGGAGGGCAUCAAGCUUGGCUGGGAGGGUAUGGGCGCAGACGAGGCCACGAGAUUCGCUCUGGAAUACUGGCAGCCCCGAUUGCAGGCUGGUGAGAACCUGAAGGAGGGCGUGAAGGCCUUCGUGGAGAAGAGGAAGCCGAAGUGGAAGGGUAGUAAGCUGUAG